UCGGCCAGAGCAAUCAAACCUACUUUCCAUGGAUUGUCAAAAGGUUCGAACUGCUCUCUCUGUUGCUGCUUUCUCCAAUUAUGCUCAGGCCUGAGAAUUCCCUAUUGAUUUGGGCCUAUAUCAUAGCCAUGUUCGAUCUGAUCUGCGCCUCACUAUUUGCCGGGCUCUGUCUCGACACGAUCUUCGAGCAUCUAAGUUGGCUUACCAUAUUCGCAGUAGUAUUUGGCAUCUUCUGGGUCUCAAUGAUUGUCGUGCUCCUCGUUGGCAUCUAUGCGCGCAAUCCCAGAUGCCUACGUGCCUGGAUCCUCUUCUCCGAGGGCGGCAUCUUGCUGGAAAUGUGUCUGCUUCUGUACGCCUUUUUCAGCCAGAGCACAUUCCAAGCGGGCCUGGUCAGGAAUGGCCUGUUUCUCAUGUCGGGAUUGAUUGUGGAGCUUGUUUUCCUGUACACCAUCUAUCAGUUCUAUAAGGCCCUGGCUCGUUGUAAAAGAUGCAAACGACCGCUGGAGUCCAACAGCAAGUCCCGAUGAGAGUAACCUUGAUCUUCCUUUGUUUCAAUUACAGUUGAGUUAACGCUUAAA